AUGUCGGCCAACAUGAUCUCGCGACGGAUGCUGCAGGCGACUACGCGGCGACUAGCCGCAGCCAAUCCUUCCGUGUUCAGCAAGACUCCUCUGUCGAGACUGUCGGCUCCUGCAGCCAUUGCGAUGGGCCAGCAUCUUCAACACAGACAAGCAGCAACAACCAGCGUCUCCCAAACCGCCGGCGGUGAAAUCCUCGCCGAACAACGCAGACACCGCCCCGUCUCCCCCCAUCUCUCCAUCUACCGCCCUCAGAUAACAUGGUACUUGUCAUCUCUGAACCGUAUCACCGGCGCCGCCCUCUCCGUCACCAUCUACGCCUACGGUGCCGCAUACCUCGUCGCCCCCCUGUUCGGCUGGCAUCUCGAGAGCGCCGCCGUGGCCGCCAGUUUCGGUGCUCUUCCCAUCUUCGCGAAGAUUCUGGCCAAGACUCUCCUGGCCUUCCCGUUCACGUUUCACAGCUUGAACGGCAUCCGACAUUUGGUAUGGGAUACUGGUGCUGCCUUGACGAACAAGCAGGUCAUUGUGACAGGGUGGACCACAGUUGGCCUUGCCACCGUGUCGGCUUUGGCUUUGGUAUUCAUGUAA